ACCUGGGCGGACACGUUCACCGUCGCGAUCCAUGCUUCUUUUCUCUGAUUGUGUUAUUUUCCUCUAGAAUUGAACAACUACUCCCCCUAUACUACUCUAAUUUAAUCAUCCACAUAAUGGCCGACGACGCUACCCACCUGUCGGCUUCCCAGUCGCAGCUCUCAUCCUCAUCCUCUUCCGCCUCGUCGCUAUCCCCGUCGAAGCUCUGCUCCCGAACCUACAAAAAAGCCUCACAACUGUACCUGACGCGACGGUUACACGAAUCGCUGACGGCCCUGGAACCUGUCAUCACGCCCUCGCAGGUCCCAGAUGACUCAUACGUAAACGGCGACGCCUCGACACCGCCGAUUGCGGCCGCCCCGAGUACCUGGAGGAUUAAGGUCUGGAACUUGUAUAUCACACUGCUGAGCGCAAUAGUUGAGUUGGGGCCUGAGGAGGGGAGGAAGUUGUUUGGGCAGAAGGAAUGGAAGGCUAUCUCGUCGCAGGUUCGUGAUGGGGGGAUUUGGGAGACGGUUGUGCAGACGGGAUAUAAGGGGCUUGAGGGAUCGGUGGAUGCGGAGGUUGUUUAUAACCUGGCUACGCUGUUACUGAGCCACUCUCCCUCGCAAGCGCUCAACCAACAGCGUCUCGAAACCUAUCUGUCGUCGUAUGGCCAGCCAAACCUGGAUGUUGAAGGUCAUCUACGCAAUGGUUCCGACCAUCGCACAAUCCGACCUAGUGGUGGAACGGAUACCCCGAAAGACCUAAACGUCAGGGUGAGGAUCAUCGAGUUGUUCACUCUACACAUACUUCCCCGAAACGAGGAGUGGGAGUAUGCGGCAGAGUUUAUCAACCUGAGCGAGGUUCUCGAUGAGGAGAACAAAGAGGUCUUCCUGCAAACCCUAGACAAUCUUAAAGAAGAAAAAGAACAAGGAGAGCUACGCGCAGCAGCACUACAACGCGAAAAAGACGCCGAGCUGGAGCGAAAAAUGCGCGACACCGAACGCCGACAAGCCGAGGAAGCAGCCGCCGAGCGUGCCGAGCAAAACGACCACAAACAAACCCCCAGCGAGGUAGACUACGGCGUCGAAAAGAAGAACACAAACCGCGCAUCUAAAGGAGGCAAAGGAACCCGCGCAACGGACCGACAAUCUACCAGCAAAACCGGCAGCUCGUCAGGGCGAACCGCCUUCUCUCCACCUUCGGGAUCCAAAAACCUCAAGAAACCCGAAAAGUCGGAGUCUCGGGCACCCAGACGGGCCAUUGGAAAUAUCCUGCGCAACCUGGUGCAGUACAUCUCACGGAUGGUCUCCGGCAGCCCGCUAUCACUUGCUCGUCUGGUAUUAUUUGUGCUGGGAAUUGUAAUGGCACUGAGCAGGCAGGAUGUGCGGGAACGCAUCCGGCGCAUGACCGGGGCUGGUUGGCAGAAGGUCAAGGGGACAAUUGGGAUGGGUGUCAAGGUGAGCUAUAUCUGAUGCGUUGAUAGAGGGAUGAGAUGGGAUGGAGUGGUAUGGUAUGUCUAAUGUUUCCUUUGUAUGUAUAAACGGCUCUCUAGUAGUAUUUUAUCAUUAUCAGUCUUGAAGAAUUAACGCUACCCACUUGAAAUACCGAUUGAACAAACGCCAUAUUAACGCCCAGCCUUGCGUAUCACAUGCUAGCUAAGUUGCCCU